GAACAUAAAACGUUGUCUGUGCAGCGGGUGCGGGAACCAGGGGGCGUUGUGGGUUUGCGUGUCGGUAAGUUAUUGCGUGAAUGAUCUGCACCGUCUUGAGGGUACCGAUCCACACAGUACUCGCAGACACAAAAGCCCUGCGCAAGAACUUUGAGCAAGGUACAAUAGCGGAUUGCCGUUCUUUCUCCACAGCAAGGAAGGAGCGAAGGAUGAGCAAAUGGCGAGCCAAUCAUAAUGAUGUAGCUGCCAUAGCUUCUCUUGCACAGCCCCUUUGCCAAGCCGACCCCUAUCCUUUCUCGGCAAAUCAAACACACCCAGACAACGUUCUAGUAUGCAUUAUCUCCGUGGUCACCAACCCAGCAAGCAUACGGAAGCAGAGGAGAGGAGAGUGUCUGUACCUAGUAUUGGCCUCCAUUGCGAUCUCUCUCAAUAGAGAGCCCAUUACUCCGUACAGUAUCCGCUUUUCUGUAUUGAAGAGCGGCAAAUGGGCGCUUGGUCUUGAUGAUCUGUGCUCCUCUGAGCUUGCGGAACCUUGGCGGAGAUUCUCUGUGACCACUUGAUCCCGCCCCUGUCUCCAAUUCACUGCAUUCCUUUCGUCGCCCCAUUGAUUCAGUGUUUUCACUUUUCUUAAUCUCCUCAAGCCUGAUGCAGAACCUGUCACUGCUUCAAUACGGUCUCUGAGAUUCGGUCAUCCGUUCCUUUGAAACCAUACCCUCUACUCACGACGCCCUCCAAAGAGCUUCGUUGGACACGAAGCAGGCUGGCCCUGAACAACGGAUUGCAGAAGAAGCCUUUGGAACCGGUUUCCCCCCCCCAGCGC